CCGCAGAGAACAAGGGCCGAUACCACAAUCAACGUGGUAUAUGUCGUCAACACGGGCAGCGAUGAGAAAGCAACGAACAUGCAUAAAAGCAUCAAACUGAAACUUGAAGAAAUGGAGGAGAGUACUGGUGCCAUAAUCAUGUUCCUAGGCACCUACCGCGUGAAUGUCCCUUCUCUCCGAAAAUCACAGCCCGUCGGCGAAAGGGAGGGCGUGCAAUAUGCCAGUGACCGGAUUUGGGAAAUCGAUUCACUCGUCAAAGAACUUCAAAUGGGCAAUCGGAACAACCUUACAACUGAUCACACAAUACCUGACGGCCUUGAAGAUGCAAUCAAUGACGCGGAUGUGUACAUCUUCGGGUCUCAGGAGGCAUGUCCAAUUCUUGAUGUUGAGAAGCCUUAUGAGCCGAAUUACCUUAUGUACUACUUCGCCACGGCCACAAAGUCUGAUAUCAGCCUUGAUGAGCGUUGUUCCAUGGGAAAGACUGCGGGACUGCAGGCUGUGAAGGAAGCUGUUAUGCUGGCCAUCGAAAGGAACAACAACAAUUAUGCUGGGCACUGCACUUGGACUGGUGGUAAGGUCCUUGAAGAAAAAGGGUGCGCUACGAGUCAUUCCAACUGGCACGAAGAGCUCGGCCCUAAGGGUACCGAUCGGUUUACGUAUCCAACCGAAGGAUACCGAGAAUUGGAACUACCU